CGCCCAGAAGAGCCUGGCGGCCAGGAGCCAGCUGGGCCCGAGGGCGGGGCGCUGGGUGUUGAGGAUGAGUGGCGUGGAGAGAAGCAGCUGACAGGCCAGCUGGUGGAGGUAACGAGUGAGAAGAACUUGGACCAGCCGAGCAGUCGGGACAGGUACUACAGGGGGAGGGAUGAGAAACCCCACUACCUGAAGAGGGUAGAGGAGCGCAGGCUCAAGGACACAGAGCCGGUGAGUAGUGUGGAGGAAAGCCAUUACCAACUGGAAAAGAAGCCCCAGUCAGUGGAGUUGGACGAGGAGGCCGGGGAGAGCUCGGCAGAGACCUCCGAUUUUGUCACCGCCCUGGAACCGGAACUGCAGUUCCGGCAGCCUACAAUCCGAUUCAGUUGCUGCGCCUCCAGAACGUCUCGCUGCCCAUCGCAGCGGUUCCUUGGUCCCCGCGUCUCAGGCAUCAGUGUCAUCAACGAGCUGGCGAUGAUGGGAGACCCCCAUCUCCUACAAAUGGUGGAGGAAGGGCUAAGAAACACUGUAGAUAAGGAAUUCACUGCCCAAAUGAGUGAGAGCCUGAGCAGCAGAGAAACCAGCUUUCUCAUCAAUGAAGAACCAUCGCCUGCAAAGCGAUUCAAUUUGUUCCUGCGGCGACGUCUUAUGUUUCAAAAAAAUGAACAAAGCAAAGAUUCUAUCUUCUUCCGAGAUGGGGUUAGGCAAAUUGAUUUUGUCCUUUCCUAUGUUGAUGACAUAAAGAAGGAAACAGACAUAAAAGCGGAAAGAAGAAAAGAGUUUGAAAAAAAUCUCAAAAAAACAGGUCUUGAGUUGGAAAUUGAAGACAAAAGGGACUCUGAAGAUGGAAAGACUUAUUUUGUCAAGAUCCAUGCCCCGUGGGAGGUACUAGCUACUUAUGCUGAAGUGUUGGGAAUCAAAAUGCCCAUUAAGGAGAGUGAUAUUCCCCAAUCUAAGUACACUCCCUUCAGUUACAUGUUUGGGCCUGUGAAACUUUCACCAACUGUGAAGUAUUCUCAUCCUGAAUAUUUCACUGCCCAAUUCAGCAGACAUCGGCAGGAGCUCUUCCUCAUUGAAGAUGAAGCAACUUUCUUCCCAUCUGCAGCAAGAAACAGAAUUGUAUACUAUAUUCUUUCACGGUGUCCUUUUGGCAUAGAAGAAGGGAAGAAAAAGUUUGGUAUUGAAAGACUGCUAAAUUCUAACACUUACUCAUCUGCCUACCCACUCCAUGAUGGCCAAUAUUGGAAGCCAUCAGAUAAUCGUCUCAAUGAAAGAUAUACCCUUUACCAGAAUUGGGCUCGGUUUUCCUACUUUUACAAGGAGCAGCCUUUAGAUUUGAUUAAGAAUUAUUAUGGAGAAAAAAUUGGUAUCUAUUUUGUCUUUCUUGGAUUUUACACAGAAAUGUUAUUCUUUGCAGCUGUGGUUGGCUUAGCUUGUUUUAUUUAUGGCUUAUUAUCAAUGGAAAAUAACCAAAGCAGCAUUGAAAUUUGUGACCCUAACAUUGGUGGUCAGAUAAUCAUGUGCCCACUCUGUGAUGAAGUGUGUGAUUAUUGGAGACUAAAUACUACCUGUUUGGCUUCAAAGUUCUCUCAUUUAUUUGAUAAUGAGUCAACAGUGUUCUUUGCAAUAUUCAUGGGAAUUUGGGUCACAUUGUUUUUGGAGUUUUGGAAACAGCGACAGGCCAGACUGGAAUAUGAAUGGGAUCUGGUGGACUUUGAAGAGGAGCAGCAGCAGCUUCAGCUGAGACCUGAAUUUGAAGCUAUGUGUAAACACAAGAAAAUGAAUCCAGUGACAAAGGAAAUGGAACCUUUCAUGCCUCUAUAUGCUCGUAUUCCAUGGUACUUUUUAUCAGGAGCCACAGUGACAUUAUGGAUGGCUCUUGUUAUCAGCAGUAUGGUAGCUGUAAUUGUGUACCGCCUGUCAGUCUUUGCUACAUUUGCUAGCUUCAUGGAAAGUGAAGCAUCCUUAAAGCAAGUCAAGAGCAUCUUUACUCCCCAGUUAGCCACAUCACUCACUGGAUCAUGCUUGAACUUUAUGGUCAUCUUGAUGUUGAAUUUUUUUUAUGAAAAAAUAUCUGCCUGGAUUACUAAAAUGGAAAUUCCUCGAACUCACCAGGAGUAUGAGAGCAGUCUGACUUUGAAAAUGUUCCUGUUCCAGUUUGUGAAUUUUUAUUCAUCCUGCUUCUAUGUAGCUUUCUUUAAAGGGAAGUUUGUGGGCUAUCCUGGAAAAUACACAUAUUUGUUUAAUGUGUGGAGAAGUGAAGAGUGCGAUCCUGGAGGUUGUCUAAUAGAAUUGACAGCGCAGUUGACCAUCAUAAUGAUCGGGAGACAAGUAUUCGGGAACAUCAAUGAAGCCAUUUACCCCUUGGUUUUUAAUUGGUGGAGACGCCGAAGAUCUCGGUCCAACUCUGAGAAACUGUAUAGUCGCUGGGAGCAAGAUCAUGACCUUGAAACUUUUGGAAGUCUAGGGUUAUUUUAUGAGUACUUAGAAACAGUUAUCCAGUUUGGAUUUGUCACACUAUUUGUCGCCUCUUUUCCUUUGGCUCCUCUUCUUGCCCUCAUAAAUAACCUUGUAGAGAUCCGAGUGGAUGCGUGGAAACUUACUACUCAGUACAGGAGGCCUGUAGCAGCCAAAGCACAUAGCAUAGGUGUUUGGCAAGACAUUCUCUUUGCAAUGGCUGUCCUUUCUGUUGCCACUAAUGCUUUUAUUGUUGCAUUUACAUCGGACAUCAUUCCCCGUUUAGUUUACUUCUAUGCCUACUCACAAAAUAGCAACCAGCCUUUGAGUGGAUAUGUCAAUAACAGCCUGUCCAUAUUCCUGAUAGCUGAUUUUCCAAACCGCACGGUUCCUUCAGAGAAACGAGAUUUCACCACUUGCAGGUACAGAGAUUAUAGGAACCCUCCUGAUCAUGAGUAUAAAUAUGCUCAUAAUAUGCAAUUCUGGCAUGUCCUUGCUGCCAAGAUGACCUUCAUCAUAGUUAUGGAACACAUUGUGUUUUUAGUUAAAUUUUUGUUGGCCUGGAUGAUACCUGAUGUACCAAAAGACGUUGUGGAGAGAAUCAAACGAGAAAAGUUAAUGACUGUCAAGAUUCUCCAUGACUUUGAGCUCAAGAAAUUAAAAGAAAACCUGGGACUUAAUCCUGAUGAAUUUGCUAAGCAUGUCAUGAUUGAAGAAAACAAAGUAAAUCUGGCUAAAUCAACGAUCUAAUCAGCAUAACAAGCAAGCAGCUGUUGUCAGCCUUCUCCACUCUUUUCUCUGGGUUUAGGGCUAUAUAGGCCAGAAGCCAUGUAUCAGUUUUACCCUUUCUUUUUCUUAAUUCAAAGUUUCUAAACACUUUUAUAGAGUCCAGUUUUGUGAUGUUGGAAGAGUACCACUUGUGUACAUUAUCCACUGGGCCCUCUGCAGGUAUUGCUUUCUGGGGUCCUGUAAAUGACUGUUGAAAGUGCAUGUGGAAUCAGAACGUGGGAAAUCAUGGAGUUGUAGCUUAGAAUGGAACCCUGGCCUUGGACUCUCCCUUCACUUUCUGUACAGUGCAUCUGUACAUUUUUAUGGUCUUCUGUCAGGUUAUUUAUAUAUACUUCCCAUCAAGAAAAGUGUUACUGAAAGAAAGGGAGCAAAAAGGCCUACUGAGUCAUAUAAAUGCUUCCAUCUUAAAAAUGUACAAAUGGAAAGUCAAAAUCAAAUGACAUAAGGAAAAUCAUAUACUAAAGAAUAUUGGCUAAAUAUUGUAGCAGGAGUUUGUUCCAGAAAUUGCAUGGUGUAAGAUAAACUUCCAUCAGAAUCCAAGAUAGUCCUCCCAAGUAAAUGCAGAAUUCAGUUUUUCUCAAGAGACUAAAUGAGUUUCAAUAUAAGACUAACAACAAAGUUGUUAAAGAUAACAUUUUGGUAAUAGUAGUUUCAAAACUGUGCAUUGCCUUGUACAGAAUACAGCAUUAGGAAGGUAUUAGAUAAGUGUCAGGUCUUCAAGUACAUGAAAGUUGUUAUACAGAAGUAAAUGUACUUUCUUAGUAGUUACAGAAUGUAAGACAAUGCAUAAGAUUAAUUUAUUCACUUCAAUCUAUAAAAUUGUUGAAUUUUUAAAAAUCACUUUUCUUUUAGAAUGCCUACUUUGCAUCAUGAAGCCUUUUUGAGCACUUGCUGUUUGUAUAAGUUCGGUACAAAUUGUUUGUGAAAUGCAAUAGCUUUGUUUUAAUGAAACUUCAAGUCUUUAAAUAAGUUUACAAUCUUCAUAUUCAUGCAUCACUUUAUACAAUGUUCAGUGCCUUGUUCCUAUACCUUUGACACAUGAGAAAUAAUUUCUUUGGCUGGGAAUUUGGCAUGAUGUGAUAUUUCAAAUGUAAGCUUAUCUUAGAGAAACUGCCAGUAUAACAACCAAAGUUUAACACCAAAUGAUAUUCUACCAGAUAAGAAUAAGGUGAUGGACUUGACAGUUUAGUGAAAAAAUAUGUUUGUUGAAUUAUUACUCUUAAAUUUAGGACUAUAUACAUGAACAAUAUUUCUUGCUUUGCUCAUUAGAGUGAUACACCCAAUUAUAUAGUAUUUAAAUCUUUAUUUUCCAAUUACAAUUCAGUUCCAAAGUCAUAGUGUAUUUUUAUCAUCACACACAUACAAAGAAAUUUGAUCAGAAGAUUUUUUAAGUAGUAUUUCCAUAUUUAUGCUACCAAAUUUUUAUGUCAUUGCCAGUAUUAAAUUUAUGACAGAUAGCAUGAACUACUGAUCUGUAUUAGGCAUUUAGAGAUAGGGAUUAUGGACUUUUAGAAAUAUGAGGCAGUUAUCCCAGUAUUGGCAAUACUGAUUUGUCAUUCACUGGAUAGAUUUAUGAACAUUUUUGAAUAAGUUGUAAAAAAUCUCAUAAUUGAAUGAUGAUUUCACAUAUGGAGGAGAUAUAUUUCUUGCUUAAGAAACCAGUCAGAGUUACCACGAAAUAAGCCACACAUGAAGUAUUAUUGGCUUGUCAAAUCACACUGUAUUAUUAUAAUAUUGUACAUGUGCAGAGCUCAUUGCUUCCUUUCUGGGUGCUCAUAAUAAAAAUAAGAGUAUGUAAUUUGGUUUCUUGGAUAUACACUUUAGUUUUUCUGGGUUAAAAAUAUAGAGGUAGAUUAUAAGAUAAAAACAAAUUUAACUCACAAUGUUACCUGUACAGUACAGUUUUAAAUCAAAGCAACUCAAGUGCUGUGAUUCUGGAGGAUAUGGAGAAACUAGCAAAAGAGGAAAUUGUUUUUAAGAUAAGUAAAUAAUUCUUAGAAUUGAUUGACAUUUUCCCUUUAAAAUGUCAUUGACAAAUACGUUGGAUUAACCUUGCAAUUUCCUACUGAGGAGUUUCUCCUUGCUUCAUAAAUUUUACAAUGAAAUACUGGUAUCACUUUUCUAAAAGUUUGCUAACCAGAAUCAGGAGCCAAAUUUAUUUAAAUAGAUUUGUCUCAUCUACUUAAACCCAUUGAUUACUAAGGAAGGGCUGAGUUGAGAUCACCUGACCAACAAAUAUAAUUUGGUAGUUACUAGCAUGGCAAUUAUUUUGACUUUCCAGUAAAACUCAGAGCUAUUGUCUUUCAGUAAUCAUCUGGGAAACAUUUGAGAUCUUGUAUGAAAUAAAAUUUUAAGUGACAAAUCCAAAAUGCACAUAACUCUUUUCAAAAUGUCCUCUCAGAUCCUUGCCUCAUUGAUUUUUCUUUGCACAAAGGAAGCACAGUCUUUCAAAACAUUUAUUUUAGAGGGAAUAUCCUAAUUAAGUGAAAUGCUGUAUUAACUUUACUACAUCUCAUGACUCUUGGAUUUAAUGUUCUUCUUUUAACCAAGACAUUAAGUGGGUUAUCAAAAGAAGAGGUGGAAGAGGAAAAAGAAGCAAAUGAGAAAAACACUUUUCUUUGUAUCUUGUGGUGGGUUUCUUUGGGAGACAGAAACACAGUACAGCUGAAUGGGGGUUGGGGGGUAUGUACUUCUCUUCCCAAUGUCAUCUAGUAAGCAUGAGAGAAAAGAAAAACUUUAAGUUGACAACUAGUAUGUGUCAAAAAUAAAUCUUCGAUUCCACAGUGAUUUUGUAUUUUUGGAUACUAUGAGUAGCCAUGGAUUUCUGUUGAUUGACUCCACUUAAGGGUGAGGAACUUGUACUAUUCAUUUAAUAAGGAAAUUGGUUGUUUUUAAAGAACCUCUCAUAUCUAUUUUUAAAUUGGUAAUAGUUAUAUAAUUGAAGAGUGCUAUUAAGGAAAAUAGUAUUGCAAGAAGUAGCAUUGGGCAGGCUUAGAAGUCUGACUCAAGGAAUCAUUAUAGGUAUCAUGUUAUCCUUAUUUCUAGACAAAUUUUCUACUCUUCAAAUUUUUGUGUAAUGCUAGUUAUUUCAGUAGUAUGUAAAAUUUUAUGAAGAUGUUAUGAAGUAUACCCAUUAAUAUUGUGUUUUAAUUUGUUUGAGAAAUCUCCUUCCAUUCCUCCAAAAUGUGCAGCUGCAUAUAUCUCUCCUGUGUGUCAGAUUGUGUGCCCUGGGAUUAACCCAGGAAAUUACUGUUCCUUUUAUUAUUUUUUUUAUUUCACUUUUCAGGAAGGGAAUACACAGUCACACAGGGAAAGUUGUCUUAAGUUACGUGUACGUAAACCUCAAAAGAUUCAAAUCCACUCAGUGAAUAAAGUAAUACUUAAUUUUAAACCACAUUUUAACAUAAACUCAAUAAAAGUAAAAUGCUGAUGUAAUUUUUCUGAGUUUGAGUGGUCUUAAGAAGUUUAAGUCAUUUUCGUUGCUUUGUAGG